GAGCUUUCCCCAACAGCUGUUGAAAACCUUUACAAAGUGCUGCCGGUUUACUGCGACCGCCACGCCACGCCACCCAAACACCCACUGACCGAGCGAACAGCAACCUCAAUAUCCAAUCCCCCCACACACCCAUCCCCCCCAUCCCCCCCAAGGCCACACUCCUGGGGCGGCGAUGUGGGACCUGCUUAAAUGCCGCUGCCAGGACUCCUCGGGCUUCAGUUGGUCGCGAGACUGCGAAGCUGUCGGUUAGCCUGCUCAAAAGGUGGAGGUGGAUCCAUAUAAGAACACAUAUGGACAUAUUUUGGACACACAUAGACAGUCUCGAAUCCGUUACAUUUUGAACGAUUUCCGAACAGCUCCCCAAAAAGUCCGGGUUCGCGUCGUGCUUAUUUAUUUAAUUUUUUUGGUUUUUUUUUUUGAGUGCACUCCAUGUUUACGGCGGCCUGACCCAAAAGGACAAUUCCACCGACAGUUGCAAUCGUAAAUGUGGUGAGGAUGUCGCCUGCUGAGCAGCUUGGUCACUUGGUCGGAGGAUCGGAUGCCUACCAGCUGGCGGCGAGCACUGGCGGAGGAGCAGGAGGUGGCGGAGUAGCAGCAGGAGUGGGCGGAGUAGUUGGAGGAGGAGGCGGUGGCCACGGUGGAGAUGCGGCGGACAAUGGGGGCGAGAAGAUGAAAGACAUGCCCGACAAGUAUGUCAUGGCGAUCGCCCACUUCCUCGAUUGGCACGUCAACGAAACGGUGGACAUGGAGCGGCUGAGCGGUCCGAUCCUGAAGUCCAGCAUCAAGUCGGUCUACUGGCUCUUCCUCAUCCAGUACGCAGCCCUCGCUUUUCUCGGCGUUGUGCUGAACAUCGUCAUCGUGGUGUACAUCAUGUACCACCGACUGUACAAGGAUGUGACACAUGCGUUCAUCAUCAAUCUGGCGCUCUGCCACUUCGUGCAGUGCGCCCUCGUCCUGCCCGUCUCCCUGAUGGUUAUGCUCAUCCAGAACUGGAUCUUUGGCCAGUUCUUGUGCUUCUUUCUGCCCAUGCUGCAGGACAUUCCACUGCACGUGGCCAUGAUCUCGCACAUCCUGAUCGCCUGGGACCGGAUGCGCUGGCUAAACGAUCCGCUGAAGGGCCGCCUGCCGGGAUUCGUCUGCUGCUGCGCCACUUGGCUGACCGGAAUGGUGAUUGCCCUGCCCUAUCCCAUAUACACCAUCUACGUGGAACUGGGGGACUAUAUGCCGCAGCUUUCGGGGAUCGGAUUGUGCGUGGUCAACCUGAUGGACGACAUGCAUGAAUAUACCCGCGGGCUCUUCCUGCUAAUGUACUGCGGUCCGGCCAUCCUGCUGUCCUACUUGUACAUCCGCACCUCGCAGGAGCUGCCGCCCGACGGACCCUUCGCCGUCAUGAUGUACGAGCACCGUGCGGAUGUGCGGAUGCGCCAGAGGAACUCCUCCACAUCUUCGGUGGAGCCGCGCCAUCUGAGCGGUGGGGGCGUGGCCGGAUUGAGCAAUGGGGGCGGAAGCACCGUCCGCUCCUACGACUUGUACAGCGCCGAGCUGGACGUCCAUCGCGAGAAGCGGAAGCAGCGCAACUUUGGCAGCAUGGCCGCCACCCAGGUGGUGUGCAUGUGUCCCCUGAUGAUCCUGCGCUUCGCCAGACUCUCGCUGGAGGAGACCUACGAGAACACGAAGCACUUCGACUUCACCUACCUGAUGUUCGUCUGGGUGGCCUUCCUGCCCACGGUCAUCUUUCCGUGCAUCUAUGCCUCGCAGAUAUUGCCCAGAGAUGAACAGGAGCGUCUGAGGGGCUAUUUCCGGCUCUCGUCGAAGCGCAAACAGAAGGCCCAGCGACGCAGUGAUGCUGGCGGUGGUUCUCGGGAGGAUUCCAUCGAGAAGGAGGAGGCCUCGUCGGGUGCACCUGGUGGCGUCCACCAUGGCGGCGAAUCGCAUAAGCAGGCAUCCAAGUUGCGUCCCGAGAGGGAGGUGCGUCUGCCAGGACAAGGAUUGUCAUCGGCUGGCGGGGAUCGCUAUACUGGGGCACCCUAUCGACAGGGAAAGGAUAGAGAUAGGGAUAGGGAUAGGGAUAGGGAUAGGGAGAGAGAUAGGGAUAGGGACAGAGAAAGGGAUAGAGACAGAGAUCGUGAUCGUGACAGGGACAGACUGAGAGCGGGUGGUCGUGGUGCUGGUGAUGCCGGGGUGGUCAACAAUCUGGGCAAGGAUGUGCGCGGCAAGAAGCAUGAUGUCAAGAUCAACAUAAUCUCCGAUGGCGGAGGUCAUCGCAAGCCGAGCAUUACCAGCAGCAUCAACAACAACAAUAACAGCAGCAGCGGUAGUGGCCAAAGGAAUCGCACCAAUCCUGGCCAGCAGCGGCGGCACAGCAACAAACUGACCGCCGAGUGUCUGUCCAAUGUGACGGUCUCCACAUUUUGCAAUGGCAGCGGCAGCGUGACCGGAACCGGAAAUGGCAACGGGAACGGACUGAGCAGUGUGCUCCAUCCGGACGACAGCAGCACCAGCAACUAUGGCGAUGGCGAGGAGAGCUCCGUGGUCAGCAGCAUGAUGGUGCCGCCGCAACGCUGGCCGGGAUCGGGUGGCCUGCUGCGCCACAAGGAUGUCUCCUUCAGCGAGUGCAGCAGCAGCACCUUCUCGUCGAGCACUCUGGAACGGGACCUGGAGAUCAUGGACCAGCUGGAGCGGGAGCGCAGCAUGGACAUCCAGGAGAUGCUGCAGCGGGAACGGGAGCGGGACAAGGUGCGUCGCCAGUUGCCGGACAUUGGCAAGAUCUAUGCCCAGCGUUCGCCCAAGGGCAAGCGGAGUGGCGUGGAUGGCACUUGUGGUAGCCACACUGGCGGAGGCGGAGGCGGAGGUGGAGGAUCACUGGCUCUGGUCCUGCCCGGCAGUGAUCCCCUGACCAGCCUGUCCCAGUCCCAAUCCCAGUCCCUGGCCACGGAAUACAGCCUGUGCUCAUCUCUGGAAACUUCAGCCGGUGGCCAGGAGGAGAUGCCGCUGCGGCAUCUGGCCGAGAUGCAGGAGGAGCGGCAGGAGGAGCUGCAGCAGGCGGAGGAGGAUGAGGAGGAGGUGGUGCCGCCGGACUUCUAUGACAGCUAUACGCCUGGCGGUGCCCAGAACUUGCCGCCCGUGCAAAUGGGCUCCACCGCCGCCGCUUCCGCCUCCGUGGCUCCCGCCUAUCAGUACCAGUACACUCGCAAUCGGCUGAGCCGGAAGAGUUCCGGUUCCGGAUCGGGUCACCACCACCAUCAUCACCAUCAUCAUGGCGGUGGCCCCAUCAUGGGCGGUGUGCCCGGAGGACGUGGCUCCAAGCGGGAUAGCUUCAACUCCCUGAAUGGCACCGAUCUCAUAGCCGGCGCCUUCUGCGAACUGGAUCCCACACAGCCGCUGAACAAAAUGGCCGUCAUCGAGGGCCGGAUGCGGAGGAGCAGUCCCAGGAAUGCCAGCUUCAGUUCCGGAUCGGGGGUGUCCGGCGGACGCAGCUCGAUGAAGUCCUCAUCCCGGGGAGACUACGACUACGGACACGGCUCCUCCUCGCACUCGGCUCAUCCGGAACUGGACUUCAGGGAGAACAUCUUUGCAGAGCUGUAAGCAUGGGAUUAGAUGACGAUAACGAUGAUGAUAUAUGAUAUGUUGUAUAUGAUAUAUGAUGGAGAAACGAAAAGCUUUACGGUCACGGAUUUGCCAGGAGCUGUGCAUGUCACGAAGCUAAGUGUUUAAGUAGCAGAAUUUCGAGCAGAAGAGUUGUACUUUUUUUUUUUUUUGUAGGGUAUGGGGGGUAAGGUGGGGUUUUUUUCUAGCCGAGUUGCAGUUGCUCAUCAGAGAACGAAAUACUUGUAGGCAAGUGUAUCGCCAGAUAGGGAUACAGAUUUACACCUAAAUGCAUAAGAUAUACUAAAUUUAUAGAACGAGUUAUUGGAUUUCUUCGCCCAACUGGUUGUUAAGCUAAUGAUUUAUUGUUGAAAAGGAGAUCAGAUCACAGAUCGUGAGGAAAAGUGUGCCAAGAAAAUGGUGGGAAAGCGCUCUCCCACAAAACACAUACAUACAUACAUAUUAACUAUAUAUAUAUAUAUAUAUAUAUAUACAUAUAUAUAUAUAUGUCUUUUAAAUGUUGCUAACUUUGACAAGCGGCACAACGAUGUGUGCCAGUGUUUUUAAAAUUUCCCAAGCUACAUACAUACAUAUAUGGAUAUAUACAAUACGAUAUAUACACUAGACAUAUGCUAAGACAUAUUGAAUAUUAACAAAUCAAAUGCAAAGUUUAUUGAAUGUUAAAUCAAAGUCAAAUACGAAUUACAAAAAAAUCGGGAUUAACCAUAAAAGUUAUAGCUGUUAAGUGCAGGGCAAUUCUUCUGAGCCCCAAAGAAUUGUGCCGCAAAAAAAAACACACACAAACACACACACACACACACAGAGAAAACAAAAACGAUUGUGGAUCCUGAUCCUGAUCUUGAUCCUGAUCCUGCCUAGAUAUAUAGACCCAUAUACUUAAAAUACUAUUUGUGCAAGUGUCCGUGCGUGUGUCUAGUAAUAAGUACAUUUUUUCUCUACCGCUCCGCUGGCUGUUUGUUGUGGUGGCUCAGUGGUGUGAUGGUGCGGUGGUGCAGUGGUGCCGCUGUAGUGGUGUGAGCAAAACUAAUAAAAACAAUUUUUAUGUGAGUUGAACACACAAAAGCAAAUCUCUCAU